UCAUCUAAAAGAAGGUCAAAAACUUCCCCACCGUUUCUCUCUCUCUCUCUGCGCAGACAAAUAAACUUUGGAGAUGCUCUAAACACAUGUCUACAGAAGAUAAGACGUGAAGAUUUUCUCCUCAAAUUUUCAGACAAGCCCUUUUCGAAAUUUUCGUUUUUUUUCGUUCAUUUCUAUAGAUUUUGAUUCUUGCAAGAAAAGAAAUGGGAAGCAAAUGGCGAAAAGCAAAGCUAGCUUUGGGUCUAAACUUGUGCCUUUACGUUCCUAAAACGCUCGAAGAGUCUUCUUCUCUCUCGAGAAGAUCCAACGACGCCGUUUCGCUUUCUCCCGUAACGGUUCCAAGGCCCACGACGCCGACUCCGUCAUCCUCUGGUCUCCGAUUGCCUAGGUCCAUUAGCAUAUCCUCUUCAAAGAAAACAUGUGCUAUAUGCUUGACGACGAUGAAAGCAGGACAAGGCCACGCAAUCUUCACAGCGGAAUGCUCUCACUCCUUUCAUUUCCACUGCAUCACCACCAACGUUCAACACGGCAACCAGAUUUGCCCCGUUUGUCGCGCGAAAUGGAACGAAGUCCCUCUUCAGAUCCCUAACGCUAAGUCUAAACCGAUAGUUAGACCAAGAGACGAUGCAUGGAUGACAAUACCACCGCGCAGGUCGUCUCAGAACCAACCUUCUCCGCGUCCUGAACGUCUAAGACCCGUCUCCAUGAUCUUUAACAACGAGCCUGCUGUUUUUAACGACGACGAGGCUCUGGAACCUCAACACCACAAUCCUGCUGAAUCAACCAAACCUGGUGGUGUCUCUGGGAAGCUGGAAGUUAAAACGUAUCCAGAGAUCUCUGAAGUUGUGAGAUCGGUUUCGUUUAAGGACUUCUCUGUACUGAUCAACCUAAAAGCUCCUCCUGUUUCAUCCUCUUCUUCUUCCUCCCGAGCUCCUGUUGAUCUAGUCACGGUUCUUGAUGUAAGCGGAAGCAUGGCGGGAACGAAACUAGCUUUACUGAAACGAGCAAUGGGGUUUGUGAUUCAGAAUCUUGGCCCGUUCGACCGUCUCUCAGUCAUCUCCUUCUCCUCAACAUCUCGCCGUAGCUUCCCUCUCCGUCUCAUGACGGAGACAGGUAAGCAAGAGGCGUUACAAGCUGUUAACUCGUUGGUCUCAAACGGUGGGACAAACAUAGCAGAGGGGUUAACGAAAGGUGCAAAGGUUUUGAUCGACCGUAGAUUCAAGAACUCUGUAUCCAGCAUCGUCCUCUUAUCCGACGGUCAGGAUACAUACACCAUGACUAGUCCCACCGGUUCCAACACCAAAGGUGCUGAUUACAAAACGCUUCUUCCUAAAGAAGUAAACCGGAUCCCGGUUCACGCGUUCGGGUUCGGCGCUGACCACGACGCUUCCUUGAUGCAUUCCAUUGCUGAAAACUCGGGAGGGACGUUUUCUUUCAUAGAGUCCGAGACGGUUAUACAAGACGCGUUUGCGCAGUGCAUUGGUGGUCUUCUUAGCGUUAUGGUUCAAGAGCUGCGCGUUAAGAUUGAGUGUGUUCAUCCUAUGUUGAAGAUUGGUUCGGUUAAAGCUGGAAGCUACCGGUUUGACUCGAGAACCGGUUCGAUCGAAGUCGGUGAUCUUUAUGCAGAGGAGGAGAGGAACUUCUUGGUGAAUCUUGAUGUUCCCGUUGUGGAUGGGGUUUUGGAUUCAAUGUCGUUGCUCAAGGUUGGAUGCGUUUACAGAGACCCCGUGACGAAAGAGACGGUUGAUUUGAGUAAUUCCGGCGAAGUGAAGAUUCUCAGACCGGUGUUGGAACAAAGACCUGUGGUGUCUGUUGAAGUUGACAGGCAAAAAAUUAGGUUGCGUGCGGCGGAAGCAAUCUCUGAAGCUAGGGUUUUAGCUGAACGGGGGGAUUUAACCGGAGCUGUUUCGGUUUUAGAGACUUGUCGUGGGGUUUUGUCGGAGACUGUGUCGGGAAAAGCGGGAGAUGCGUUGUGUGUGUCGCUGUGUGCGGAGCUGAAGGAGACGCAGGAGAGGAUGGCGAGCCGACAAGUGUACGAGAGUUCGGGGAGAGCUUACGUACUCGCGGGGCUUAGCUCGCACUCGUGGCAGAGAGCCACGGCGAGAGGUGACAUGAGUGAUACUACGACGAUGAGUUACCAGACGCAGUCGAUGGUGGAUAUGGUGAAUCUCUCUCAGACCAUGACGUUUGGAUGCCCUAGGGCUAGUUCUAAUGCGAACUCGAGCUCGAAUCCUAAUCCAAGCCCCUCGGCUCGGAGGAAGCUCCGGCAAGCUCUCACUUUUCCGGCGAGGCCGAGAGCUAGGUGAAUUGCUAGAAGCUAUUUGAUGACAUUAUGCAUUUUUUAAAUUUUCUUCGUUUUUUGUUUUGUUAUGAAGAUUUGUUUGCAAUUUGGGAGGGGUAGUUUACGUUUAAUUUUUCAGUUUUGGGGGUAUAAGUUGAAUGAUUAGCUUCUGGAGUGGUUGAAACAAAAAGAAAACGGGACAAAUGUGGAAUCGGUGGUAAGAAAAAUAUAUUAGGUACAUCGUAUAUAUUGGCAUUUUUAGUAAGAGUGACUUGUUUUUUUUUUCCUCAUUAUAAUUAUAAUUUUGUUAUUUUUC